AAAUAUCUCGAGAAACGAAAUAUUCCAAAUUUCUUGAUAAUUAUUUGAGAAGUUUAAAUCAAGAAGAAAUUAAUUGGUUGAAUCAACAGGGAAUUAACCUUUUUCAUUUGACUCAAGACAAACAAAUCAUUGAUUACGUAGCAUUUUUAAAGGUGAUAGAAUUUGGUGAAUUAAGCAACAUUAUAGAAAAUUGGAUUAAAUAUUUUAUUUAUAUCGAAUCAAAAGAUAUUUAUUUAAAAUAUUAUUCCAACUUUUUUAACGUAUUAUUGAGAUUAUUCAUGAGAAGUUCGGAUAUUCAAACAUUACACAUUAAUGAAAUGAAUGCUUUAUCUAAAUUGAAUAUGCAUAUCUUACUUCCUGACAUUUCAAUAUUCACUUCAUACAAUCCUGGUAUUAAAUUAAUCAUGGAGCUUCACAUUCACUUUGCAAAGGGCCAAUUUUAUAAAGAUCUUCUUUCCAUAGUUUCUACUUUAUGCACUCAAAUUCAAACUAUAUCAAUAUCACUUAAUCGAACGAAUUUACCUUUGAAAUAUUUUGUCAACAAUUUUAUAAGAAAUCAAACAAGAUUAAAUUCUAUCUCCCUAAAUUGUGGUAAUUGUGGUAGGGAAUAUAAGAAUGAUCGUGAAUUAAAGUUCUUAUUUAAAUCGUUAAAUUUUCAUGUCAAUUGGUUAAGAAGUACUGAAUUAAUUUCUUUUGGAAUUAAUAUUUUAGAUUUUUCAUUAAUCUUUUCAAAAGCAAAUGAUCAUCAUCAUCUAGAAUUAACAUUGUUGAAUUACUAUAAUAAGAAUCCCUCUGUUUAUUUACCUUCAUUUUUACAAAUCAUAGGAAAAAAUUUAAAAAGGCUUUCUUUAAAUGAAUUGGAUGAGAAACUUAUGGAUUCUAUUUUAACUCAUUGUACAAAUAUCAAUUCCUUGGAGAUAUAUGAUUUACAUCAACUAAAUUACUUUUUUACCUUGAUUAAAAAUCUUGAACUUACCAAAUUAAAGAUAUCAAUGUAUCGUGAUGAUGAUGAUUCAAUAUUCCUAUUAAAGUUAAUUGAUUAUUUACCUGUAACGUUAAAUUCGCUAGUCUUGGAAAAUUUACGAACUUUCAAUAAUUUGCAACACUUUCUUGAAAUUUUUCACGCUCCUAAUUUGAGUGAGAUCAUUUUACAUCAAAAAACUUACGAUUCCUUUUUCGAGUUAUUGAAUAAUAUUAAAUUCAUUGAAUUUCAAAAUGUUCAUACGUUUGGUAUUGAAUAUGAUUUUAAUGUUUGUAGUGACGAUAUCAAUGAUUUCAAUCAAUUGCAAAGAUUAUACAAUAGAAUAAUUGGAAAUUAA